AUGGCAUCUGAUGAGAAACAGUCUGAUCAGAAGAAAAAAGGCAAAAAACAAUCUGAUCAAAAAUCAAGCGCUACAAGUAAAGAAGAAAUGGAAAGUUUUAUGGCAAAGCUAUGUGCUCGUUUUGAAAAAUUGCAUUUAAUAUCACGAUUGCUUGAAGAACCGGAAGAGCAAACGCAACGCAGUGACGAAUUACGGCGUAAAUCAAAAAAGUCUCGAAAACUCUCGAACAAUGUUUAUGAAUUUUUUUGCGAUCAACCAUCAACAAGCGAACAAUCAAUGCCAAAAUCACCAUCAAAAAAGAAACAGUCCGAGAGUAAACCUUUAGGUAGCAGUAAAAAUGUGACAAGAACUGAAGAGAUUGAUAUUGUUGAUUUGAGUGAGCAAACUGGAACAAGUUGGAGUGAUACAUCUACCGUUGAUAAACAAUCAUACAUUCGAAAUCCUGAUGAACCAUCAACAUCUACCGGAUUACGAACUAAAGUUCAUGUUGAUCAGGAAGCAUUGGAAAAAAUUUUAAGACCAGCACCAAAUGUUACUCAAGAAGAGAGUGAAAAGAUCGAUAAGCCAAAAUUAUCAAGUUUAUAUGGUAUUCAUAAGAAAUCUCGUUCAAGCAAAGAUUCUGACAGAACUGAUGCUGCUGAAUUAUCGCCUCACAAAGGUGCACGUCCGAAGCAAACGAUUAAACAAACGAAAGACGAGACAACAACAAGUGUCGACAGUAAAACAGAUUUAGAAAAUGCAAAAACCAAAGAUAUUCAAGGUCGUGCAGUUUUUAAACUGAAUGAAAGUCCUGAAAUUCAAUUGAUUAAAAGUGCGCCAUUGAAGAAUGUUCGUGCGCAACGGGCACGAGAACGACUUCGAAAGAAAUUUGAGGAAUCGACAAGAACGAAAGGUCAUGGUCCGAAUUCAUAG